CUAUGCCCUUACUAUGUAAUUCUUCUUUGCUCGUCAGUCCACAAGCUGGAGCGUCUUGCGUCACUGCGCUAAUAUACUCCGUAGCGGUGCCGUCUCUGUCUGAUCUCGCGAGACGUGACGUAGGCGUUGGAGAGCGGGUCGGCAGUAGACAAUGUCUCUACAUUCGGGAAGAGGAGGACAGCAAACUAGAGGAGCCCCCAUGCAGCCUUUUAGACCCCAGAACCUAAGGCCUGCUCAGCUACCUCAGUCUUCAGGACAGUACUGCUAUGAUCCACAAAGUACUCCUCCUCCUCCGACAUUCUGUAACAUGCCAAACACAAAUUUUAUACCACAGAGGCCAGAUUAUAUGUCAUAUCCUCCACCUUCUGCUCCUCCAACACAGAGUGCAAUAAACCAGUGUCUUCCUAGGCCCCCUUUUCCAGUUAGGCAGAGUUAUCCAAUUCCUCCCUGUUUUCCCCCAGUUCCACCAGCAUCUGCCCCAGGCAGUUCUCCAGCUGUUGUACCUACUGUUGGACAGUGUCCAUAUCCUUACAUGUUGCCACCAGUUAUGCCACCCCCACCAAUUAUGCCUCCCCCAUUACCCCAUGUUCCCUAUCAACCCCCAUAUACUGCUGGAUAUCCUCCUCAACCUUUUCCUCCACCACCCCCAGCACCCCAACCAACACCAAGUUUUAAUAGCUAUCAGCAGGCAGCAUCUUUUCAAGGUAACAGCCACUACAGACAUGCAAGCCAUGGGCAAUACCAGACUGAAAAGUCACAAACUGAUCACAGAUCACAAGAGAGAGGCAAACACUAUGAAGAUCAUCGGCGUAGAGAGUACAGCCAUAGUGACAGGCACCGGUCUGAAAAACAUGGUGACCGCCGAGAUCGAGGCCGAAGUUCUGAAAGGUCACGCAGACUAGAAGGCAUCCGUCACAGGUCAGAUUAUGAGUAUAGAAGGGGACCAUCACGUGGUAGAAUUCCAUCACGCCAUCCAAGUUAUGAAAGAAGCAGCAGAGAAAGACCCCGGCAUAGAGAAAGUCGAAGAUCAACAUCUACUGAGAGAAGCUAUAGGAAGAGGCCAAAAAGUACAUCACCAUCAAGCAGAGAGCAUAAAAGAUCUCGGUGGGAGGAAGACACUGCAUCUCUAUCAGAGAGCUCCUCAUCAGCAAAAGAAAAGUCCAGCAUUUCUGUUAAAGAUAAGGAUUCUUUGGAUGAAAACCUAUUUGAAAGAAAUGAGGAAGCAGAUGAAGAAUUGCUUAAACCAGUGUGGGUUCGUUGCACCCAUUCUGAGAGUUACUACUCAAGUGACCCCAUGGAUCAAGUUGGAGACUCCACAGUAGUUGGCACAAGCAGACUACGUGAUUUAUAUGACAAGUUUGAAGAGGAGCUUGGAAAGCGUCAGACAACAGCUAGAGCUGCCAGGCCAGCAUGGGAGCCGCCAAAGACCAAAUUAGAUGAGGAUCUAGAGAGUUCCAGUGACUCUGAGUGUGAAACGGAUGAUAGCUGCUCCAGCAGUUCAGAUUCAGACGUGUUUGAUGUAAUCGCAGAAAUAAAAAGGAAAAAAGCACACCCUGACCGCCUUCAUGAAGAGCUGUGGUAUAAUGACCCUGGGCAGAUGAAUGAUGGACCUCUCUGUAAGUGCAGUUUGAAAGCUAGACGGACUGGAAUAAGGCAUAGCAUUUACCCUGGAGAGGAGCUUACAAAAGCUUGUCGCCCAAUGACAAACAAUGCAGGACGGCUUUUCCACUACAGGAUAACAGUGUCUCCACCAACGAAUUUCUUGACUGACCGGCCAACUGUUAUUGAGUAUGAUGAUCAUGAGUAUAUAUUUGAAGGUUUUUCUAUGUUUUCACAUUCUCCUCUGACAAAUGUUCCCCUGUGCAAAGUAAUCCGGUUUAACAUUGACUACACAAUACAUUUCAUUGAGGAAAUGAUGCCUGAGCAUUUUUGUUUGAAGGGCUUGGAACUCUUUUCUUCCUAUCUGUACAAAGAUAUAUUGGAACUUCAUGACUGGAAUCUUAUGGAUCCGUUUGUUGAAAACAUUGAUGCCAGUUGUCCGCAGUUUCAUUUUAUGCCUCGUUUUGUACGAUUUCUGCCAGAUGGUGGCAAAGAAGUCCUCUCUAUGCAUCAAGUUUUAUUGUACUUGUUGCGAUGUAGCAAACCUUUAGUUCCUGAAGAAGAGAUUGCAAACAUGCUUCAAUGGGAAGAGCUUGAAUGGCAGAAAUAUGCAGAGGAGUGCAAAGGCAUGAUUGUCACUAAUCCUGGCAUGAAGCCCAGCUCAGUCCGAAUUGAUCAGCUUGAUCGAGAGCAGUUUAACCCAGAUGUAAUUACAUUCCCUAUCAUUGUCCAUUUUGGAAUAAGACCUGCUCAGCUAAGUUAUGCUGGAGACCCCCAGUACCAGAAAUUAUGGAAAAGCUACGUGAAAUUGCGCCAUCUACUGGCUAAUAGCCCCAAAGUCAAACAAGCUGACAAGCAGAAAUUGGUCCAGAGGGAGGAAGCUCUUCAGAAGAUAAGACAAAAGAACACAAUGCGACGUGAAGUAACUGUAGAGCUAAGUAGCCAAGGAUUUUGGAAAACUGGUAUCCGCUCCGAUGUCUGUCAGCAUGCAAUGAUGCUCCCAGUUCUGACACAUCACAUACGCUACCAUAAAUGCUUGAUGCAUUUAGAUAAAUUAAUUGGAUAUAUCUUUACAGAACGAUGUUUGCUUCAGCUUGCAAUGACUCAUCCAAGCCAUCAUUUAAACUUUGGGAUGAACCCAGACCAUGCACGAAACUCCCUCUCGAAUUGUGGUAUCAGGCAACCGAAAUAUGGAGACAGAAAAGUGCAUUACAUGCAUAUGCGUAAAAAGGGAAUAAAUACCCUGAUAAAUAUAAUGUCACGUCUGGGACAAGAUGAUCCAACCCCUUCAAGGAUAAACCACAACGAACGUCUUGAGUUCUUAGGAGAUGCGGUUGUUGAAUUUCUAACAAGUGUCCAUCUGUACUACCUGUUUCCAUUGCUGGAAGAAGGAGGAUUAGCUACCUACCGAACAGCUAUUGUUCAGAAUCAACAUCUUGCUAUGCUGGCAAAGAAAUUGGAAUUGGAUCGAUUUAUGUUAUAUGCUCACGGGCCAGAUCUGUGUAGAGAAUCAGACUUACGCCACGCCAUGGCAAACUGCUUUGAAGCGCUCAUGGGUGCAGUUUAUUUGGAAGGUGGACUCGAAGAAGCAAAACAAUUAUUUGGAAGACUGCUCUUCGGUAAUGAGGACCUGCGAGACGUGUGGCUUAAUUAUCCACUACACCAGCUUCAACUGCAGGAGUCUAAUUCUGAUAGGCAUCUGAUUGAGACAUCCCCAGUUCUAAAGAAGCUCACGAAGUUUGAAGAGGCAAUUGGAGUUGAGUUUACACAUGUUCGACUUCUUGCUCGGGCUUUUACCUUAAGAACUGUAGGAUUUAACCAUCUGACAUUAGGCCACAAUCAGAGAAUGGAAUUCCUGGGUGAUUCUAUAAUGCAGCUGGUAGCCACAGAAUAUUUAUUCAUACAUUUCCCUGAUCAUCAUGAAGGCCACUUAACGCUGCUGCGAAGCUCCUUGGUGAACAACAGGACUCAGGCCAAAGUAGCAGAGGAGCUUGGCAUGCAAGAGUUUGCCAUCACAAAUGAUAAGACUAAGCGACCAGUGGUACUCCGCACAAAGACCUUGGCUGAUUUAUUAGAAUCCUUUAUCGCUGCCCUUUAUAUUGAUAAGGACCUGGAAUACGUCCACACGUUUAUGAAUGUUUGCUUCUUUCCACGACUGAAGGAGUUCAUAUUGAAUCAAGACUGGAAUGAUCCAAAGUCUCAACUUCAACAGUGUUGCCUCACCCUGAGAACAGAAGGCAAAGAGCCAGAUAUUCCCUUAUACAAAACUCUACAAACAGUAGGGCCCUCCCAUGCUCGAACAUACACAGUCGCUGUAUAUUUCAAAGGAGAAAGAAUUGGCUGUGGUAAAGGCCCCAGUAUUCAGCAAGCCGAAAUGGGUGCAGCAAUGGAUGCUUUGGAGAAAUAUAACUUCCCCCAGAUGGCUCAUCAGAAGCGCUUUAUCGAACGGAAGUACAGGCAGGAAUUAAUAGAACUCAGGUUAGAGAAGGAGCAACAGGAAUUAGCAGAAGAGAAGAGAAAAUAAAGAAUGGCACUCUUACAAUAUCCAUCCAACUCACUGGGGACAGCUGCCAUGCAAUCCGGUCCUCCUUGCGGGUUUAGAGAUAUGUCCGGCUGUGCCUGGGGAAACGCAAGAUAAAUCAUUCAUCUGGUUUUUGUGUUAGGUUUUUUUUUUUUUGUUUUUUUUAACUUGUCACAUUUUAGUGAAUUUUAUUCAUAGCCAUGCUGUUUUUCUUUAAAUACAAGUAAAUUAUUGUUUUAAUUAAAUUGUUUUUAUAAAAUAAAUGACUGGUGUGCAAUA